UCUGGUUGGCAUGAAUUACUCGAUGGCCGGAAGACUUGAGGUGUACCAUAACUCUCAAUGGGGCACGGUCUGUGACGACUUUUUCCACGCAGCAGCUGUUAGAGUGGCCUGUCGCCAGCUUGGCUUUUCUGGUCAGGAGGGAUCUGUCAUCGGGACCACACUUCCUGGUUCCGGGCACAUCUGGUUGGAUGACGUGACCUGUAAUGGAGACGAGUCGUCCUUAUUCUCUUGUUGGCAUACUAAUUGGGGCCAAACCGACUGCCGUCAUGCAGAAGACGUCUACAUUAGUUGUGGCUUCGAAGGCUCUGAAGAAAUCCGCCUGGUUGGACUAAACUCAUCUACUUCCGGAAGACUUGAAGUCAGCGUAGGGACCGGCUGGAGUACCGUUUGUAGCGACUACUUCAACGCAAGAGCCGCUAGAGUCGCAUGUCGUCAACUGGGUCUCCCUGAAGAACCGGCGAUUAGUUUCCCAAACGCAAACCUUGCCGGAACCGGGGCCAUCUGGUUGUACGGUACCGAGUGUGAUGGCAACGAGACGUCUCUAUAUUCUUGCAAUCAUUACAUAUUUGAUCAGCAUAACUGUCACCACGACCAAGAUGUCGUCAUCAUAUGUGGACAUGACCUGGAAACUUCUAGGGUUAGACUUGUGAACGGUACCUCUGACAACGGAGGCCGGGUUGAAGUGUUCCGUAAUGGAGUGUGGGGGACAGUUUGUGACGACGAUUUUAAUCAGAAUGCCGCCAUGGUAGUCUGUAGCAUGCUCGGCUUCCCCACGGUGUUCUGUAACUACAAGAGUGGAGCUAUUGCUAAACCUCAGGCAUAUUUUGGUCAGGCUUCGAAGAAUACAACGAUUUUACUGGAUGACGUUAACUGCCACGGAAAUGAAGAUGACCUUGACUCCUGUCGCCACCGUCCUUGGGGAAAUAUUCGCCUGGUCGGCAUGAAUUCCUCGGCGGCCGGAAGACUUGAGGUGUACCAUAACUCUCAAUGGGGCACGGUCUGUAACGACUUUUUCAAUGCAGCAGCUGUCAGAGUGGCCUGUCGACAGCUUGGCUUUCCUGGAGAACCGGCGAUUAUUCUCCCAAACGCACACCUUGCCGGAACCGGGGCCAUCUGGUUGUUCAAUACCAAGUGUGAUGGCAACGAGACGUCUUUAUUCUCUUGCAAUCAUUCCGUAUUUGGUCAGCACAACUGUCACCACAACAAAGAUGUCGUCAUCAAAUGUGGGCGUGGCCCGGAAAAUUCUACUGUUAGACUUGUGAACGGUGCCUCUGACAACGAAGGCCGGGUUGAAGUGUUCCGUAAUGGAGUGUGGGGUACAGUUUGUGACGACGAUUUUAAUCAGAACGCCGCCAUGGUAGUCUGUAGCAUGCUGGGCUUCCCACGGAGUGGAGCUAUUGCUAAACCUCAGGCAUAUUUUGGUCAGGCUUCGAAGAAUACACCGAUUUUACUGGAUGACGUUGUCUGCCACGGAAAUGAGGAUGACCUUGGCUCCUGUCGCCACCGUCCUUGGGGAAGUAACAACUGUAACCAUUCGGAAGAUGUUGGAGUGACUUGCCCGGUUUAG